GCCCGGAGAGCCGCAUCUAUUGGCAGCUUUGUUAUUGAUCAGACACUGCUUGCCGCCAACUUGGCUUCGAGGCUGGCUUCGCGCGACCCUUGAGUUUUCGCCUCUGUCCUGUCCCCCCAACUGACAGGUGCUCCCAGCAACUUGCUUGUGACUUCUCGCCGCUCCCCCGGCUCCCCCGCGUCCCCACCCCCUCUUUCCUCCCUCGCCUUCACCCCCACCCCCACCACUUCGGCACAGCUCAGGAUUUGUUUAAACCUUGGGAAACUGGUUCAGGUCCAGGUUUUGCUUUGAUCCUUUUCAAAAACUGGAGACACAGAAGAGGGCUCUAGGAAAAAGUUUUGGAUGGGAUUAUGUGGAAACUACCCUACGAUUCUCUGCUGCCAGAGCAGGCUCGGCGCUUCCACCCCAGUGCAGCCUUCCCCUGGCGGUGGUGAAAGAGACUCGGGAGUCGCUGCUUCCAAAGUGCCCGCCGUGAGUGAGUUCUCGCCCCAGUCAGCCAAAUGCUCCUCUUCGGGCUUCUCCUGCUGACAUCUGCCCUGGCCGGCCAGAGACACGGGACUCAGGCUGAGUCCAACCUGAGUAGUAAAUUCCAGUUCUCCAGCAACAAGGAACAGAACGGGAGGAACUAUACCCAAGCAUCUGGACUGGCAUAGAAAAGAGGAGAAAGAACAUUUAAAAGGAGUACAAGAUCCCCAGCAUGAGAGAAUUAUUACUGUGUCUUCUAAUGGAAGUAUUCACAGCCCAAGGUUUCCUCAUACUUAUCCAAGAAAUAUGGUCUUGGUAUGGAGAUUAGUAGCAGUAGAAGAAAAUGUAUGGAUACAACUUACAUUUGAUGAAAGAUUUGGGCUUGAAGACCCCGAAGAUGACAUAUGCAAGUAUGAUUUUGUAGAAAUUGAGGAACCCAGUGAUGGAACUAUAUUAGGGCGCUGGUGUGGUUCUGGCACUGUGCCAGGGAAACAGAUUUCUAAAGGAAAUCAAAUCAGGAUAAGAUUUGUAUCAGAUGAAUAUUUUCCUUCUGAACCGGGCUUCUGCAUCCACUACAACAUUGUCAUGCCACAAUUCACAGAAGCUGUGAGUCCUUCAGUGUUACCCCCUUCAGCUUUGCCACUGGACCUGCUUAAUAACGCGGUCACUGCCUUUAGUACCUUGGAAGAUCUUAUUCGGUAUCUUGAACCAGAUAGAUGGCAGUUGGACUUAGAAGAUCUGUAUAGGCCAACUUGGCAACUUCUUGGCAAGGCUUUUGUUUUUGGAAGAAAAUCCAGAGUGGUGGAUCUGAACCUUCUAAAAGAGGAGGUAAGAUUAUACAGCUGCACACCUCGUAACUUCUCGGUGUCCAUAAGGGAAGAACUAAAGAGAACCGAUACCAUUUUCUGGCCAGGUUGUCUCCUGGUGAAACGCUGUGGUGGGAACUGUGCCUGUUGUCUCCACAACUGCAAUGAGUGUCAGUGUGUCCCCAGCAAAGUUACUAAAAAAUAUCACGAGGUCCUUCAGUUGAGACCAAAGAAUGGUGUCAGGGGAUUGCAUAAAUCUCUCACCGACGUGGCCCUGGAGCACCAUGAGGAGUGUGACUGUGUGUGCAGAGGGAACUCUGGAGGAUAACUGCUUCACCACGCGCAGCCCUCUCCCAGAGCAGUACAGCUCAGUGGCUGAUCCUGUUGUAGAACUUACGCAUUAUCUUCAUCCAUAAUCUCAGUUGUUUGCUUCAGGGACCUUUCAUCUUCAGGAUUUACAGUGUGUUCUAAGAGGAGACACCAAACGUAAUUAGGAGUUGUGCAACAGCUCUUUUGAGAGGAGGCCCACAUGACGGGAGAAAAAGGUCUUCGGUGGAAAAAAAUGAAAUGCUGUAGGUCACUAGCCAGUUACAGAGUUACCAUGUGCUUCCUCAGCUAGCUGUGUUCUGUGUCUCAGUUGUCUUGAUAUGACUUAGGUUAAUGUCAGUACAGGAAAAACUGUGCAAAUGAGCACCUGAUUCUGUUGCCUUGCUUAACUCUCAAGCUCCAUGUUCUGGGCCUAAAAUCACAGAAAUCUGGAAUUUUUUCCUUAUACUCACAUAUAUAAACCAGAGUGUUCUAUGUUCUACAAACUUGGUUUUUAAAAAGGAACUAUGUUGCUAUGAAUUAAACUUGUGUCAUGCUGGUAGGAAAGACUGGAUUUUCCAUAUUUCUUAUUAAAAUUUCUACCAUUUAGAAGAAAAGAACUACAUUCAUGGUUUGGAAGAGACAAACCUGAAAAGAAGAGUGGCCUUAUCUUCACUUUAUCUAUAAGUUGGUUUAUUUGUUUUAUUGUGUACAUUUUUAUAUUCUCCUUUUGACAUUAUAACUGUUUGCUUUUCUAAUCUUGUUAAAUAUAUCUAUUUUUACCAAAGGUAUUUAAUAUUCUUUUUUAUGACAACCUAGAUCAACUAUUUUUAGCUUGGUAAAUUUUUCUAAACAGAAUUGUUAUAGCCAGAGGAACAAAGAUGAUAUAAAAUAUUGUUGCUCUGACAAAAAUACAUGUAUUUCAUUCUCGUAUGGUGCUAGAGUUUAGAUUAAUCUGCAUUUUAAAACAUUGAAGUGGGAAAUCAAUAGAAUUUGGUAAGUUGCAAAGACUUUUGGAAAAUAAAUGAUCAUAUUUUCCACUCCUGUUAUUGGAGGUGCAAAUAAAAAGCAACGUAUGAAAGUAGGCGUUCAGAUCUAGUCAUUACUAACCCCUAACCCUUAUUUUGGGAAAUGUGAGCCUAGCUCAGAAGAACAUAAAGCACCUUGAAAAAGAGACUUGACAGCUUCCUGACAAAGCGUACUCUGCUGUCCUGUAGGAACACAUCCUAUUUAUUGUGAUGUUCUGGUUUUAUUACCUUUAAACUCUGUUCCAUACACUUGUAUAAAUUCAUGGAUAUUUUUAUGUACAGAAGUUAUAUCCUUUAACCAAUUCACUUAUUGUACUCUUUGGCAAUUGAAAAGAAAAUCAGUAAAAUACUUUGCUUGUAAAAUGCUUAAUAUUGUGCCUAGGAUAUCUGGUGACUAUUUGGAUUAAAAAUGUAUUGAAUCACCAAAUAAAAGAACGCGGCUAUUUUGGGGAGAAACUGA